UCUGUCCUGCUUGGAAUGAAAUAGCCUCUUGGUGGCAGCGCUCUGAUGACGUGUCAGUUGUGCGACGGGCGUCCAGAAUGAAGGAAUGCACUGCUCAGCCUGCCGAUGGUAAACAAAGCAUCUGCGUGUACUCCGGUGAACAUAACGGGAACGACGCAAAAUUGUGAAUACAUUUAUAAUGGGGAUGUUAAGUCCAGAGAUUUUUGCAGAGUUGAGUUUGUGGAGUUGUGAAGAAGAAUAACUGAGCGCCAUACCAGACAAGGACGGACGCCACCUAGCCUCGCUAACCGCUGGUUGACGAGCCGGUUUGCCAAUAGCCCGUUUUCGUGUCCCAGCGCCGAAAGCAAGCCCCGUGCAAGAGUCCCACAAACGGACGGCAGCCGACAGAAAAACCUCUCACGGUGGACUCCGAUCAAGUUCGUAGAAGAUUCAUGGAGCACUUAUCAGGUGUGGCUGAGAUUCUGUUGAUCCACAAGAGAGUGGGGGAAUCUGUGGAGCUGCCUGGUCACUCAGAGGAGUUUGGUGUAACAUUAGCGGCAUGGACAUAUCAAGGAAAGGAAAUUGCAGAACACAAGCAAAAUGUUACAUAUCCACUUAUAUCCCAGUUUGAGGGGAGACUAGAGAUGAACCCCAAAAACUUCAGUUUAACAGUCAGAGAUCUGACACUGCAAGACUCAGGGGUUUUUAUACUUACUAGCGUUGGGGCCAAAGGUCAGAUUCCAUCUAAGAGCAUCACUCUGAAGGUCCAUGAGCCUGUCUCCAACUUGGUGAUCUAUAAGAAGAUCCAGCAAUUGGCUAAUCGCUCCUGUUCAGUUCAGAUGAUGUGCAACGCAUCUAGCAGCUCCAACCUCAACUAUACCUGGAAGAGAGGAAAUGAGAUGUACAGGGGCGACCAGCAGAUACAGUUCAUUCUCUCACCAGGAGAGGGAGAUCACAAUUUAAUAUGCAACGCCUCCAACAUAGUCAGUGAGCAAUCUGCCUCUACAACUGUGAGCUGUAGUAAUGAAACAAAUCCAACAGAGACGUUGUGGUACAUUGGAGUUGGAAUUCCAGUAGGUGGCGCUGUGGCAGGGAUCCUCUUUGUAGCUGUGGUAAUGAUCCUCACUGAAGGUGUGGUUGUAUACAAACGCAAAGGUAAUAACACAGGCUUUUCCUUGUUGAACACAGAUGAUCAAAUGGAAAUUACAGUCUAUACAGAUGUGGGUGACAUUGCAAAAAUGAAAGAUACCAGAUCAAACAGUGAUGUAAACCCAAUGUCUAUAUAUGAGACAGUUGAUGACCAAAAUAUCCCAAGACUAAAUCCGCAACAGACUGUUUGACCGAAUCACAUUUGAACGUCCAGAUCCUCAUUCUUCCUAACUGUGAGAUGAACAGGAUGUCAUCUAAGACGAACAUUCUUCCUAUCAAACAGUACUGUGAACUGAAGAGAAAGUAAUCUGAGAUGUGGUCAUUGAUUAAUCAUUAAAAUAGAACCCUCUGCAUUGUCGGCAUUCUGCAUAAUAAUGUAGGCCUACAUUCUGUAGAUAGGGUUGAGCGAGUACUCGGGUGAAACAAGUAUCCGGUACAUUGUUCAAGCUCAAUUUGAUAAUCUGCUAAACAAGAUAAUUAAAGUGGCUACAGUAGCCUACCUAACCAAGUCAAAAACACAUUUAGUAGAUAGCUAACUAUUGUUGUUAGCUAGCAUUGUAUCAAACUACUGUACAGUGUGAAGCAUUCUGCUCUAACUUAGCUGAAUCACCAGCACCUGUUUUCCACAAUUAUACUAGGCUAUCUCAUUCAACUGUGCAGAUAUAAGUAGAAAUCCUGUUCCUAGCAUCAUUUUUGGAGUUGAUGUCCGGGUAGCAGUAGGCCGUAUGCAGUUUGGUCGUAUAGAGCAGGUUCUCUAAAGCAGGGCUAUUUAAUUCAGGUUCUAGAGGGCCGAAACAUUUCUGGCUUUAUCCUUUACUUACUAUAUGGAACUGAUUCAGAUCUGAGAUUUCAGAUGAAGGCAAUCAGCUAGCAGGUAGAACCAUAAACCAGAAGUGUUUCGGCCCUCCAGGACCUGAUUUGAAUAGCCCUGCUCUAGAGACUGAAAACAUUAUUUUAUCCUCCCUGCUUCCAUCUGUAUACCUUACAAAAGCAAAUAUGCGUCAAAUACGGAAAAAUAUGUAACGCUUGAUGUUCACCAGAUACGUCAACAUUUUGAGUAUGUUAUUUUCUGUCAGAAGACCUGUACAUACUUUUUGGUACUUGAUGCACAUGGAACCAGGGAGGAGAUAAUUUUUGCUGUCUAUAAAACCUGCUCUAUACGACUAAAGUAAGGCCUUCCUACCGGAGCAUCAACACAUUUUUGCUGCCGUUUAAUAGCGGAUUAGCUGCCAUGUGACUAUUUUCACCCGGGUGCAAAUAGACACUCCAUUAUUGGCUUUAGCAGAUUAUCAAAUUCAGCUUGAACGAUGUAGAUUUGACUGUAAAUAAUGCAACGUUUGAUAAACAUGCAAUUUUUUGUAUUAGUUGGCUGUGGUCAUGCUAUGUACGACUCGUUGCCAUGUACUCUUUUCAUUGGGAACUUGAAUUUCCGUCGUACCACUGCAAAACCACAAACAAGUAGAAAAUAUUGAAAGCAUGCGUUACACCAAACACACCGCAAUGCAACAUUGUAUCAGAAAUGUACCUUUUCAGAUUGUUUCAUUGACAAUGAAUGACUUCCGGCGCAACGCAAUAAAUUUGUGUAUCUGGUGAACAUCAGGCGUACCCUAAACAUUCACUCACUGCAUGCAAGUCCAUUAAUAUAUUUUAGAAAUUAUUUUAAAUGACAAAGAGAAGCGUGUGUCUAUAGAGACAACUAUUACAGUUAUUAAUUAUUAUAAAAUGAAAGGUAAAUGAGAUUAUUUUGAAAAUACAAUCUUCAUAUUAUACAAGAACCAUAAUAUAAUAGUAUAAUAUAUUUAUUGCAUAAUGGAUGGAUCCAAUCGGCCCAUUCAGUGAACACUAGUAGAGCCCAGAGUCCAAAUAAACAUGGAGAAGCUGCAUUUAGCACUGAUGCUGUACAAAACUGGAAUAAAC